AUGGUGUUUAUGCAAUAUCCGGUAAAUUUUUCCUUUUAUCAAGGAAAAUCGCCCAAUCCAAAUACAGUAUAUGAAACUCAGUUUGGUAAGGCUACUGCCCCACUUGUUCAGAUGAUAGAUGAUUUGACACAGGAUGUAAAGCUACUGCCAUUCCACUUUUUCUUUGACAACCUAUUUACAGGUUUUUCUGUUCUGUCAUACGUGAGAGAAAAGGGCUAUGGAGCAACAGGCACUAUCAGAGAAAACAGAGUUUGCAAAUUGUGCCCAACUUCCUCAAAGAAAGUGCUAGUUAAAAAGGAAAGGGGGUAUUUUGAAUCCUCACUUUGCAAGGAUGAUGGUGUUAUAGUCACAAAAUGGGUGGACAAUUCAGUGUUUACUUUAGCUUCUACCUGUGAAGGAGUUGAACCUGUAUCAUUUGUAAAAAGAUAUUCCGCAAAGGAGAAGAAGACAGUUCAAGUACAAGGUCCUCAAAUUAUCACAGCCUAUAAUAAACACAUGGGAGGAGUGGAUAGGAUGGAUGAAAACAUUGCCAUGUGCAGAAUAAACAUUCGAAACAAGAAGUGGUACUGGGCUUUACAUUCUUGGCUGAUUGACGUAUCUGUACAUAAUGCGUGGCAGCUGAAGAAAGGAACGGGAGCUAGGACUACUCAACCUGAAUUCAGAAGAGAAAUUGUACAAGUUUACCUAAAAAGAUAUACCAAUCCCGUAAAUGGAGCAGGCAGUCCGUCUAUCAGUCCUAUGUGUGGAUACAAAUCACAUGUUCCAAGUGAUAUCAGAUAUGAUGGUAUAAAGCACUAUAUCAAGAAAACUGAGAAGAAGAGAAGAUGUGUACGUUUGUACUGCAAACAGAAAUCAUCAGCUGUUCGCUCUAAAUGUGGGAAAUGUGAUGUAGGACUGUGUCUAGAAUGCUUUGAAGUGUACCAUGAAAGUCAGUAA